UUCUUAAUUGGCCAUUGAACGCAGCAGCACUGAUCCACAGGAGAUCCAGCCACCACCUGCUGGACGCUCAGAGCUGCGGUGCGGCUGAAGAGACAUUGAUAUUUCGUCAAACAGAUGGGUUAAGGUCAGUCGGCAGGAAAACGUCCACGUGUCGGUCAGAUUAGAAUCGGGCCGACAGAGCGUCCCGUUCCCGGCGAGCAGCGUCCGUCUCAGUGAUUUGAAGGGGGAUGAGUGCUGACACAUCCACGCAGUCAGCGAAGGAGGCCAGCUGAGGAGCGACAGGGUGAUGCGGCUCUGGGACUGGGGCACUUGGUUUCUGCUCUGAAAGUUCACGGCUGGACACCGGGACCACGUUUGGAUAAUAUGUCUCUGCUGAAACAGCGUGGGAGAGAGCUUGAGCGCUUCGACGGACUGUCGCUCAUUUACUGGACACUAAUGGGUCCAUACGGAGUAGAUCGAGCUGUUCAUUCCAUGGAGUUUACAGACUGUGAGAAUGGCCUGGGAAUUAAAGUGAUUGGUGGAGUGAAGGAGCAAACUGGAGAGGAGUUUGGAGUCUACGUCAAACGGAUUUUACCAGGUGGCCUUGCUUCAAGUGAUGGAAACCUGAUGCCAGGGGACCAGAUCUUGGAGGUUAACGGGGACAGUCUAGUAGGAGUCACAAGUGAAAGAGCUGUGGACGUCUUGAGAGCAGCUUCGGCAACCAAUCACAUGCGCCUUCUCAUAGCCAGAGAUGAAGAAGCAAAGAGAGAAUUUGCUGAGUUGCUGGAGAAGUAUGGGUCUAAUGGUAGUACAGGAUCAACACGCAACUCUCCCAUCCAGCAAGGAGGCCGCUACCUGGAUAGUACAUCAUCUGGUUCCUCGUCUCGCUCCCAGAGUCCUUUGUUGUUGAGCCCAGCAGGCUCACAGAACAUGUACAACAACAGUGGGCCCAUGCUUCGCUCUCUCAGGCAAGAAAUGAAAUCCAAAGUGUCCGGGAAGCUGCAGAAAGGAGCUGGUGCUCCCAGGCGAAUGGACAGGGGCGGAGCAGAAGUAGAGCUGGAAACCUCAGAGCAGGUCAAGUAUGACCAGGACGCAGGACCCAAGGAUAGAGUCAGCCCAGAGGCUGACGACAAAGGCGGUACCCAUCAGAAGGCAGGCAACGAAUGGGGGAAAAAAACUCUGAAGGCUGCCGGCAAAGAGGAGAUCACUCUAGAGACUGGCAACGAGGCUGAAGGUCAGAAAAGGCAGCUGGCCCCAGAGGAUAAUGCAGCAGGAGUGCAGAGCGUGAGUAUGGCGACUGGAAUGCAAAGCGGGAGUCAGGCGACUGGAGUGCAGCGCAGUAGUCCGGCGGCUGAAACGCAUAGGAGUCCGGCGGCUGUAGAGCAGACCAGGAGACAGAUGACAGAGCAGCACUGGAACCUAGAAACAGAUACAUCUCAGGAGCAGGGGGUUGCUGCAGCUCGGCAGGAGGGAGUUGCUACAGCUCAGGAACUGGAGAUUACUGCAGCCCAACAGCAACAGGGGGUGGCCACAACCCAGCAGCAGGACAUUGCUGCAGCUCAGAGGGAACAGAGGGGUGCUACAGCAGCAACUCAGCAGGGUCCGGAGACUGAUGGACGUCUGAGGCCUGGAGAUCAGCUCAUUGCCAUCAACAAGGAGUCCUUGAUAGGUGUGACCCACGAGGAGGCCAAAAGCAUGCUGAACAAAGUCAAAUUCAGCCAAGACAGUGUGGUGGAGAUAGCCUUCAUCCCAGGGAAAGGACUUUUUCCAAGCAGCGCAUCUCUCCACAAUGGGGUACAGCGAGCUACUGGCAUCAACUCCAACUCUGGACGCUUAAAAGUUCACAUCAGAUCACCUGAGAUGUGUACAGAGGAGCCAGCCCCCGUGUCCUCACCUUCUCCUGACAUCUGCCCACCAGAUAUUCAUAUUUCAGGGAGACCCACACCGAGAAGCAGCUCCAAUCAGACAUUACAAGACGGUAUUUUUGAGUCAGACAAACAUAUUUAUCCUGUGGAAAGUCACUGCAGGAAACUCAACUGUGGGGGAAUAGAGACAGACUGUUGGUUAAAUGUAUGUGAUGUGUGUGCGUGUCAGGACGAGGUGCUGGAGCUAAACCGGAGGCUGACAACCAUCGACUGCCAGUUGAGGAAGUCUGAGCAGAGCAGGAAACACCUGGAGGUCUCCAACAAGAAGCUGCUGGGCUUUGCACAGAAUGUCCACAAAGUGCUGACAACACCCAGCCUGUUUGGAGGAGACGGCGGCAGCAACAGAUCGUCUCCAGCCACCGACAGCCCCGACACCCCAUCACCACUUCCUGAUCCCGCCUUCCAACUAGCUGUGGAGGCCAAAGAGCUGGUGGCAGGAGUCUGUACCCUCCCUGCUGAUGAUACAGCAUCCGUGAGUGCACUGGAGGCAGCAUCAGUCCCAGAUGUCAGUCCUCAUCAUAUUCUGAACAAAGCCGAAGAGCCAGAGAGGACUGUGGGAGGACCUGGGCAGGGUGAAGAGGCCGAAAGAGACGCUGAACCCGUGAUGAACCACACCAUAAACCAAGACACAGGUGGUGUUGGAGGAGCUGCAUGAUCCGAGUCCACAACACACACGAUGCUGCAAACUGUGUUAAUACUCCUCCUGGACUCUUUUCUAAACACCCCCACAUAGAUUCACUCCAUGGAUUGCAUGUAAAGGAGGACUUGUUUACUUGGAAAGGAACGGCCAGAGCUGGCCUGUUCAAAGAGUCUUCCUCGUGUCAUAAUAACUUGCUUCCGUCUGCCUCCAUCACUCACCAUCACUUAUUUGCUCUGCCAGAGGUUAUGAACUGGGGAAAAAAAGCAACAGUGUCCUGUUUUCCAUCUUGCUUAACGCUCCUUGUGCACUUAUUCAAUAAUUAAAGGCAAAGAAUGAAGUAUUGAGACAAUCUGGACUUGAGCAGUGUUUGUUACCUGCGACUUCAUAUCACUGCAUGGUUCACGUUGAUGUCUCCUGCAUCCAGGAGUGGCUAAAAUGUUAAAUAGCUCCUGCUGUCUGUACUUGUGUUUGGUAGUCACAGAGUCUAGGCAGAUAUCAGUCAUAGGCAACAUGCGGAACAUUCAUUUUAUUUAUACAGACAGCUGCAAAUACUGAUGUCCUGUACUUCAACCAGAUUGCAUCGUUGGUGUGGCCUCAUUUCUUUCUGUUACUGUUUUAUAUUAAAGGAAUAACUGAUGACUGAA